GAGCCAAUUUACAGUUUGCCAUUGAACCUGGUCGGGCGUUCGCCAAACUAUCGAACGGGUGAAUUUCGUAGUGCCUCUUAGAGAUCGAUCCAAAAUGAUGCUGCUGCUCCAACUGGGCUCCGUGGCCCUGCUCUUCUGUUUGGCCAGUGGUGCCACCAAUUUCCCUCCCGAGCUGCCCCGCUGUCGGAUGGGCGACACCAGCUGCAUCAUCAACGUAUCCCUCAUGCUCAUCAGUCAGUACGCAAAGACUGGCUACCCGGCGGCUGGGUUCCCCCAGGUUGAACCCUUCCUAAUCAAGCGCUUCGACAUCUCCGACGGGCGCACUGGCUCCCUGAACCUUAAGCUCAAUUUUAAGGAUGUGAACGUGGAGGGCCUGUCGGGAGUGAAGUUCGAUAGAGCUGUUGGCUUUGGCGCAGAUCCUGCCACCAGCAAGUUUGAGAUGUACGGAUCCUUUCCCAAGAUCGUUCUGAAGGGCAAGUACGUGGCGGAUGGACGCAUCCUGAUCCUGCCCAUUCGCGGCGAUGGCGAUGCCGAGAUCAUCCUGCACAAUCCCAAGUUCUCGGUGAAGUUCAAGCCGGGCACCCAGUUGCGCAAUGGACGCAAUUUCCUAAGCGUGGACAAGCUCAAGGUGCUUGUGGAGCCACAAAAGAUGAAUAUCCGACUGGACAACCUCUUCAACGGCGACCAGGCCUUGGGAGCCAACCUGAACCAGUUCCUCUACGACAACUGGACGGAGGUGUGGAACGAGCUGCAUCCCUCCAUCCACGUAGCCAUCGCCGAGAUCAUGAAGAGCGUGCUGACGCAGCUAUUCAAGCGGUUCGCCUACGAGGAUCUGUUCCUGGAGAACUGAGCCCUAGGUCGUCCGACAUUAGGCUAAGUGUACGAGUAUUUCCUCACCAGCAUUUCACACACAUGGGGCGUUGCAUUCCGGCCAUUGACAUAUCAUCGUAUCUGCUAAGCUAAGCUUUAAAUUGUAGAAAUAAAACAAACAUAAUGCGAAAA